UGUUCGGUUUCCAUUUGCAGAUAAAUUAUUCAUUCGUUAAGUGUAUGUAAUAUAAACAAGUCGGUUCGAUUAUUAACAAUAUAAACAAUUUAGUAAUCAAAUCUAAAAAGAAUGGUUAACAAAUCGGAGUUGGAAGCUAAAUUAAAUGAAUUACAAAAAUGGUUUCAGGAAAAUCCAAAAUUACCACAAGAAAUCGAUCGUAAUCUUCUUAAACGUUUCCUAAAAUGCAUGAAUUGUGAUAUCGAGGAAACUAAAAAAUUAAUUGAACUGAAUUAUUCGCUAAGAAUGAAAAAUCCAUACAUAUUCCUUGACCGUGAUCCUGAUGAUGAAGCUAUAGAACAAGUACGGGAAGUAGUUGAUAUAGUACCCAUGCCAGGCUUAACUCCAGAUCGCUGUAAAAUAAUCUGUUCUCGUUUAGUCGAGCAUGAUGCAAAUAAGCAUGAUAGUAUUGAAGAAUGUAAAUUUUUUUUUAUGUUAUCCGAUAGUCGUUUUACAAUGAAUGACGUGGAUACAGAACAGGACUCUAGUAUAAAUGAAAAUAACUCCGAUAGUGACUCUGUUACAGAAUUAGAUAAAAUGGCCGAUGGCGAUAUACAAGUAUGUGACGCUACUGGUUAUACAUUGCGACACGUCUAUAAAGUCUCAAUUAGUACAAUGCGUAUGCAUAUGAAAUUCCUGCAGGAAGCCUAUCCUGUGCGAUUGCGUUCUUUACAUAUGAUUAAUUGUCCAUCAUACAUGAAUAAGUUAAUUGCUAUAUUAAAACCUUUCAUACGAGAUGAUGUCUAUAAAUUGGUGCACUUCCAUACAAAUGGACUAGAUAGCCUAUAUGAACAUGUGCCACGUGAGAUGUUACCUGAAGAAUUUGGAGGUAGUGCAGGAAAAUUAGAGGACAUUAAAGCUAAAUGGAAAGAAAUAGUGAAAGAAAAAAGAGAAUAUUUAAUGGAUCAGAAAUAUUGGAAAAUGGUGCCGGUACAAACUUCAGGCCGUUGGUCGUGGUUUUCGUAAUAAUAAUCUAUUGAACUUAAAGUCAUAUAAUCUUUUAUUUUUAAUGUGUUAAUAUGGUAUACAAUAAAUAAGUGGUUUUUGCUUGUACACUUUUAAAUGUAUGAUAACAAUAAAUAAUUAUAUAUUUUAUACAGUAAGGAAAAAAAUACAUACUUAAAGUACUAUGCUAGUACAAAAAUUCUCCGUAAGCAAUCAGAAAAUUGCUUUAAUGAGCAUCAUUAAUUAAUAUAAUAUCAGCGAAAUUAUUAA